UCGGAAGCCGCCGCCAUCUUGGCUGAAUCCAGUCCGAGUCGCCGCUGAGCCCGAGGCUUGAAGGCGUCGAGUUCAGGUCGCUGCCGCCAGAAUGGCUACCGCUCCGUACAACUACUCCUACAUCUUCAAAUAUAUAAUUAUUGGGGACAUGGGUGUAGGGAAGUCAUGUUUGCUUCAUCAAUUUACAGAAAAGAAAUUUAUGGCUGAUUGUCCCCAUACAAUUGGGGUAGAGUUUGGAACCAGAAUAAUUGAAGUUAGCGGUCAGAAGAUCAAACUUCAGAUCUGGGACACGGCUGGCCAGGAGAGGUUUCGGGCGGUCACACGCAGCUACUACAGAGGAGCCGCUGGAGCUCUAAUGGUUUACGAUAUCACCAGGAGAAGUACUUACAACCAUCUUAGCAGCUGGUUGACAGAUGCAAGAAAUUUAACUAAUCCAAAUACCGUGAUUAUUCUUAUAGGAAAUAAGGCAGAUCUUGAAGCUCAGCGAGAUGUAACGUACGAAGAGGCCAAGCAGUUUGCUGAAGAAAACGGUCUCCUAUUCCUUGAAGCCAGUGCAAAAACGGGCGAGAAUGUUGAGGACGCAUUCCUGGAAGCUGCCAAGAAGAUCUACCAGAACAUCCAAGAUGGCAGCCUCGACCUGAACGCUGCUGAGUCGGGAGUACAGCACAAGCCUUCGGCUCCUCAGGGCGGCCGAUUAACCAGCGAGCCGCAGCCUCAGAGAGACGGCUGUGGCUGCUAGUGGCCUUCCGCAAGCCAGUACGUCUCCCGACCUUUCACACCUUUCUCUUUGUCUGUCCAAGCAGUAUUUCUAGCUGCGUCCCUCAUCCGCUGAUAAUCUGACGGGAUAUAUGCUGCUGUGACAACAGUUUAACACGAUAAAAUGGCUCUUCGCUAAAAAAAAAACCCACACAUACCGUAGAUAUUGGAUUACAAGGAAAAUGAGUAGAGUAAUAAACCUCUCUUGCAUGGAAUCUAGAAUUGAAAUAUUUUCUUACUCAUGGUACUUGUGGUAGUUCCUCAUCAUUCGCUCUCGUCUGUGAUCUGAAUUCUGUGAUCUCGUAUCGGCUAAAUACUCAGGCCGGCAUUUCUUAAUUCCAUUUUUCCCCUCUUUCCCCCCCGCCCUCUCAUAGGGCCUGUUAUAGACCUAAACCUUCCAGUUCAAACAACCAUCUGUUCUGCCAUAAACUGUUGUCCACAUUGUUCAAAGUUACUGAUCGGUUCUGUGACGGACACCGAGGCUUGGUACCAGAUUGGGUGUCCGCCAGCCACAUCGAGUGAGCUUGUUGCUGUUCGUGAGUUCACCCCUAGUUACAUGUUUUCCCCGGGGCUCUAAUUCCAGCUUCUGUCUUAACCUUGUAAAUGAUAACCCAUCUCUCCCUCUUUUCAAGAUACAAAGAAGGCUUUAUUAGUGUGCUUUUUUGUCAUUUUAUUCUUUACAUUUACUAACAAACAAUACGUAAAUAUGUAUAAAAUUUGAAGGAAACUGAGCUAACAUUUAAAUACAUCUGUGUGUAUAUGAUUUUAAUGAAGAAACCAAUUGAUUUACUGGCACCUGCUAGAAAAGUACCAGUUUGUACAGUACAAUCUGUAAGUGACCAUGUUGCCCCUUUAAGCACAGAAUAAUCACAUUUUAAAUAAAAAAAAGCAAAACAAGCAGUACUUUAACACUAGUUAAGUUUCGUAUUCUCUUGUCUUGUUCCAUCAUUGCACUGUGGAGACUCUGCCGCUAACCCUGUUAUUGUGCAAUCGAAUGUGUAAUGUUCUCUGUAGAUGUCUUGCGUUUAUGGCUGUAUUUAAAUGCCUUAUAUUGUUUAAAAAGAAACUGGGUGAAUUAAUGCACAUGUAUGUGCUUUUAUACUCACAUUUAGGUGCAAUUGUCCUUUCAUGAACUGGAAAGAAUUCCAUUAAAAGAAUAGAUUGGGGGGGUUAUUUUUAAACUUUAUUUUGCUUUUUUUUGCAUUAAACACUUGGUGGAAUUACAAAAUGGAUAUUGACCUUUUUUUUUAUUAUUUCAGGGGAUAAACAUUUAAAAUACAAAUGGUGAUUAAGUUUGCCUUUGGUGGCAUAAUUGUGGUCGAAAAUACUGCUGAAUGCAUCUUCAGUUGUGUAAAAUGGGUCUACUGUUUAAGCAUUGCAUCGAAUGUCAGGGAAGGAAGAAUACUCUAUUUUUCCCCUAUAUGUCUGAUACACGAGCAGUCAAAUCCUCGCACUUGUGUAGAGAAAACAAAACACCUUAGGGUCCUUGUACAGAAACGUGGGAAUCUGCAAUCUAUUGGAAACUUGUCAAUUUGUGCACUGUCCCUAGUUUGUAGUGUUUUAAGUUUCAGAAUGUGAACUUUUUGUUGAGCUUGUGGGAUAAUUGUUGAGAGGAAAAAAGGAAGUGGUCAGGAUUUUCUUGUCUUUGCUUAAAAUGAUGAGCCUUUGCUUCAGUGAAGUGUUAACCAGGGACCACAGCCUCGCAUCCAGCGUGCAGGGAAUGGGGUGAGGGUGAUUCAAUCUGAUUCUGCUAAAGUUUGCUUUAGUUAAUUGGUGGUAUGAGAUCUUAAUUACUCCUGAACAGCUUUACAGUAGGUCUUGUUGUUUAUAUAUCUGUGUCUGAAAAAAGAAUUACUUUGAACUGCUGUACCUUUCAUUUGAUGGAACAAAAUGCUAUUAAUCUGAAUUUGUAAAUAAAGUACCUGUAUCUA